AUGGCGUUUGCCGAGACCAACCCGGCGGCAUCCUCCUUGCCCAACGGCGACUGCGGCCGCCCUAGGGCGCGGCCUGGAGGGAACCGGGUGACGGUGGUGCUCGGCGCGCAGUGGGGCGACGAAGGCAAGGGGAAGGUGGUGGAUCUGCUGGCGCAGGACGCCGACAUCGUGUGCCGCUGCCAGGGAGGAAAUAAUGCUGGCCAUACAGUUGUUGUAGAUUCUGUGGAGUAUGACUUUCACCUUUUACCCAGUGGAAUAAUUAACCCGAAUGUUACUGCAUUCAUUGGAAAUGGUGUGGUGAUUCAUCUACCUGGAUUGUUUGAGGAAGCAGAAAAAAAUGUUCAAAAAGGAAAAGGUCUGGAAGGCUGGGAGAAAAGGCUUAUCAUAUCUGACAGAGCUCAUAUUGUAUUUGAUUUUCAUCAAGCAGCUGAUGGUAUCCAGGAACAACAGAGACAAGAACAAGCAGGAAAAAAUUUGGGUACCACAAAAAAGGGCAUUGGCCCAGUUUAUUCUUCCAAAGCUGCUCGGAGUGGACUCAGGAUGUGCGAUCUUGUUUCUGACUUUGAUGGCUUCUCUGAGAGGUUCAAAGUUCUGGCUAACCAGUACAAAUCUAUAUACCCUACUUUGGAAAUAGACAUUGAAGGUGAAUUACAAAAACUCAAGGGUUAUAUGGAAAGGAUUAAACCAAUGGUGAGAGAUGGAGUCUAUUUCCUGUAUGAAGCUCUCCAUGGACCACCAAAGAAAAUCUUGGUAGAAGGUGCAAAUGCAGCACUACUAGAUAUUGAUUUUGGGACUUAUCCUUUCGUGACCUCUUCAAACUGUACAGUUGGAGGUGUGUGUACUGGCUUGGGUAUGCCCCCUCAAAACGUUGGAGAAGUGUAUGGAGUUGUGAAAGCUUAUACAACUAGAGUUGGUAUUGGUGCCUUUCCUACAGAACAAGACAAUGAAAUUGGAGAAUUAUUACAAACAAGGGGUAGAGAGUUUGGUGUAACGACAGGAAGGAAAAGAAGAUGUGGCUGGUUGGACCUUGUUUUGCUCAGAUAUGCUCAUAUGAUUAAUGGAUUUACUGCGUUGGCACUUACCAAAUUGGAUAUUUUGGACAUGUUUACAGAAAUCAAAGUUGGAAUUGCAUACAAGUUAGAUGGUGAAAUUAUACCUCAUUUUCCAGCAAACCAAGAAGUCUUAAAUAAAGUUGAAGUUCAGUAUAAGACUCUCCCAGGAUGGAACACAGACAUAUCAAAUGCAAGGACUUUUAAGGAACUACCUAUUAAUGCACAAAACUAUGUUCGAUUUAUUGAAGAUGAACUUCAAAUUCCAGUUAAAUGGAUUGGUGUAGGUAAAUCCAGAGAAUCUAUGAUUCAGCUCUUUUAA